AUGGCCCCAAAUUCAUAUGAUGACCAGUACGAAAAGUGUCCAUCUGAAAUGGAGAACAAGUUGAUGAAUCUAACUACAGAUGGAUUUAAGGAGCGGUAUAAUAUCACCUGGGAAAAUGCAACCAACCGCUGGAUCAAAAUUGAAGGCUCUCUCAAAUCGCUUCCAAAUGACUUCAAGGACAAAUAUGGGAUUGCACUGAUUGCUUAUACUGCCAACAACAGUUUGUACGAGGAUUUUGGCCCAGCUGUACGAGAAGGUGGACGUUCCAGCGAACACUAUGAAAAAUGCUUCACUUUCAAGAGUUUCCACUUUCUUCUGACAAGAGCCAGUCAGGUCUUGAAGGGCUCCAAAGAACCUUGUUACGAUGUGUAUCGCGGAACAAGAGAUAAAAGAUUCACUGUCUCUGAUAUCAAUGCACGUGUCCGUUUUGGACAGUUUACUUCUUCAUCCCUGAGCCAGCAAGCUGCACAAAAAUUUGGGGAGGACACUUUCUUCAGGAUCAAAACCUGUCUUGGAAACAAUAUCAUUAAAUUCUCCUACUUUCCUGAGCAACAAGAGAUUUUGAUCCCACCUUACGAGGUGUUCAAGGUUAAAGAUGUCACAAAUGUGUCCGGCAAAACUCAAAUUGAACUUGAAAGCGAUGGCAAGCACAGCAACUUCAACUGCGGAUCUAAGAGGGGUAAGACUCCCAUUUGGGCAGACAACUUGGACCCAGCAGCCUCUGCUCUAUUUCUAGCACCUAAACUCCAAGUGAGCACACCCAGUAAUCUGGCCAUCGCCAGAGACGUGGUCAUACCACAUAAAAAGGAGUGUGGCUGA